AUGGAAUAUUCGAAAUCCGAUUCUCAGUUCGGAAUGGCCAGAGUAGUUGCUCAAUCCCCCCUGGAUAUCAAGAAGAUCAGCAUUGAGGACAUUGAGCUUGAGGCUAAAUUGGCUGCGAUGGAGAAAAGACAGCCUAAGAAUUUACAACUUAGCUCUCCUCUUUCACUACGAGCGUGAAUGUUGGAGAACAUAAAUCCCUUCCAGCUAAAGCCUAUAUCCUUGAAGGGUCUCACUAAGAAGAGCUCCUCUGAGAAUAUAGCAAAAAUAAGGUUCGACUACCACGAGUCAAAAAGAUUGGCUUUGAUUAAGUUAAUUAAAUUACGUAAAGAACAAAUUGGGGAAAAGAAAGUUCCCAAGACUGCAAAGGCACAAAAUGGAAAUCUCGUAUCUUUAAAGAGCACCGCUAGGAAAUACAGAAGGUUGCAUAUCAAUAUUAACUCAAGGAGAGAGGCUACCUCUCAGUCACAUGGUAGAGAUCCACCAUCUAAACUUUAUCAACCUCGGGAAUUGAAAUCAAGCCAUACCGUGGAGAGGCUCGCAAAACAGAAAAAGUUUACAUAAGAACCUCAGUUAAGUUUUCAAAGAAUAGUUCGUUGACGAAUAUUGAUUAUUUA